AAAGUCUACGUCCCAUCCGGUGAGUGGGGCCUUUUUUUGUUUUCACGUAUCCGCCAUUUCAGUUUUUGAAGUUAGUUGCCGUCGGCGGCUGGUCUGUGGCCACAUUUUGGUGCCUCCGAGACCGAGAGUGUGAGCGGCGGAGCAGCGGGCCGACCACGCGCCGCAGCCCAGCUCCUUUUGUCCGCGCGCUUCGCCUCCUCGUGUCUGCGGAUCGGAGCCCGCACGGCCCCGCCGCGGAUGUCGCCCGUUUACUGAGCGUGCUCUCGGCGCUAAAGUUUUUUUGUAUGAGUUGAAGGGGCUCCGCUGGUGGAGAGCAGGGAAGGCCCCCCCCCGGGUUGAAGCCUCGGCUUUUGGCGCUGGUUAUCAUGGCCGGUCAUUUUGACGCGAAGGACCGCGGGAGCUGGUACUGGGGCCGCUUGAGCAGGCAGGAGGCUGUGUCUCUGCUGCAGGGGCAGCGGCACGGCGUGUUUCUGGUCCGGGACUCCAUCACCAGCCCCGGCGACUACGUGCUGUCGGUGUCGGAGAACUCCAAAGUCUCGCACUACAUAAUUAACAGCAACAGCCGACAGUCCGGCCCAGGUUUGGGCCACCCCAGGUUCCGCAUCGGCGACCAAGAGUUCGACGCUCUCCCGGCUCUGCUCGAGUUCUACAAGAUCCACUACCUGGACACCACCACCUUGAUAGAGCCCAUCAACAAGUCCAAGCACCCCUCCUUCAUCCCGGGCGGCGGCCCGCCCCCGCGCCUGGAGGACGAGUACGUGCGGGCGCUCUUCGACUUCCCGGGCAACGACGAGGAGGACCUCCCGUUCCGCAUGGGCGACAUCCUCCGGGUGCUGGAGAAGCCGGAGGAGCAGUGGUGGAACGCCCAGAACUCUGAGGGAAGAACGGGGAUGAUCCCGGUGCCGUACGUGGAGAAGUACCGGCCGGCCUCUCCCGGGGCGGCGGCGGGGGCCGGCGUGCCCACGGCGCCGCCUCCGGGGAUGCCGCUCCACGGGAACUCGGACAGCUGUGCGGCUCAGUCGGGCGCGCCGCUGUUGGGAGACCCCAGCCAGUACGCCCAGCCCACCCCCCUCCCCAACCUCCAGAACGGCCCCGUCUACGCCCGGGCCAUACAGAAGAGGGUGCCCAACGCCUACGACAAGACCGCCCUGGCCCUGGAGGUGGGCGACAUGGUGAAGGUGACCAAAAUAAACGUGAACGGCCAGUGGGAGGGCGAAUGUAAAGGCAAGCACGGCCACUUUCCUUUCACGCACGUCAAACUGCUGGACCAGCACAGCGCCGAGGACGAACUGAGCUGAGGGCGGACAGCCGCUCCUCCACCUGGACACUAGUAUUAGACCCUUCUUCACCUCUUUUCUUACCCUCACACCCCCACACCCUUCCCUUUCUCCCUCCCUGAGCUUUUAGCCGCACCAAGUACAGUUUCAGAGAAUCACCGACAACAACGCAGGCCCUCGUUGGACCCCCACCCUGCAUCUCAUUUCUACUCGUAUAAAUGUUCACACCCCCCCUUCCUCCUCCUCCUCCUCCUCCUCCUUCCUGCUCUCCCUGACUGCAACACGGAAGAUAAAACUGCCUCUCCUGUUCCAUGGACUCGACAACCGCUCCCUGUAGUUUGUCCCUGCCCUGGACAGCUUAUCGACGCUCGCUCCUAAGGAGACUCCUCAACCACUUCCUCUUCCUGUGUGGGAGCCAGUAGAUGACUGCUGUCAUUUUCUUAUUCCGCUUUGGUCACGCAGGCUGCAUUCAUGUCAGCUGUUUCCUCAUCAAGAGCCUUGAAGUAGGGAUGCACCGAUGCGGGUAGCGCUUUUGUUUUUAUUCUCCGGGUUUUAAAAACUUAACCUGCUGCAACCGACUUUAGUUGAUUCCAGCUUUUCUUUAAGAACCAUAGGGAUAACAAAAAAGAGGUCUUCUUUCUGGGCUAGCUGGUUUGGCAGAAACAUGCCUCUAUACAAAAUGCCUUGUAUUAACAGCAGGGGUGAUGUCACACUGUGUGAGAGAUCCUUGACUAUAGAGCAGUUUUACCAUUUAUUUCAAAGAGAAAAUGAUCAGAGUUGACCUUCUCAACCGUCUUGCUAGCAUGACUAGAACACCAGUCCCUGUGUGUUUUCCUAAGGUCUGCCAUGAUUUCGCCAUCUUCGUGGACAGAUGGGCUGAAAUCAACAGGAUAUUAAGGUGGUAAUUUGUGAGACUCUUUGGCCUUCCUGUUAGAAAUCUGUCGUACUCUCACCUGCCUUGUUGUAGCCUGAAAGAAAUGCUGACAUGCCGUAGAAAAUGGCUUUCCCCUAAUAUAGACUACGGUCUGUUUUUUUUUUUACUAACAGUGACUGUCACUGACUCGUCUCUCUGUAAUGUCUUCCACUCUGAAGACUGGCUUAAAGGAGAUGUAAUAUUUCAGUACGCAACUCGUCUCAGUUUUGUUCACCAGCCGACGUCUCGGUGCUUCUCUACGUUAAAGUAGCAUCAUUCCUGAAAGAAACAAACGGGUUUGAAGGAAAUUGCAACAGCCAAUCAGAGUUGAGGGUUGUCAUCCCUAACCUGAGGCGCGUGACGGUGAUGUGGUUGACAGGCUCCCGUCUCAGCGGACAUGAAUGCAGCCGUGUCCUGCGUGGCUUGGAAAGACUGAAGCAGCGGGGCUCAAUGCAGCAGCAGCAGCCUUUCAGGGGGAAGACCGCUUCCAUAAAGACAUGAAGGUGUAGACCUCCUCUCCGUCAGAUGGAGCACCCAACACUGAGUCCAAACCAGCAGCUAACAGCAACCGCAUGUAGUUGCAGCCUCGGAGCGGACCCCAGAGAAAAACUGCAAAUAAAGGCGACACUACACUCUCCCACCUGACCCUCGCUCCACCGAUCGCCUCCAGCCACGUACCACCAAGUAGUCCUUUGUAGGAUCCAUAGAUCAUGUUGUUAUGGAAUGACGUAACUGUGUGGUUCUCAUUUCAUGCUGAAUAUCGUUUAGACCUCACUAGUUGUCUUCAUAGCUGCUUUUUGUCCGGGGGCGCACAUGUAGUUUUUUUUUGCGGGGGGGGUGUUUUAACGUUGGGAGGGAAGCACGGCUCCGCCUGAAGGACUGACCGGCCCUCGCAUGUUCUCACCCUGCACCCGCUGGGAAUGACUGAAGUAAAACGGACUGAAUGUAGGCGGCCCACCACACUAAGUUAGGACCAUCGGUCCACGUUGGCCUUCUGCGUUCAGCCCCCCCACCCCCGAAUUUCCCGCACUAAAGCUGACAGCUGUGUCCAUGUCUUGUCAUAUGUGUCAAAGGAAGGAGACAAGUGUUAUUAUUUUGAUACCUGUCCUAUUUGUUUUGAAGCCUUUUUAUGAACCUGUUGCCACCUUGAACCAAGUUGCUUUGUUUCCUGUUGUGCUUCCUCAUUUAAUCCUCUGCCCGUCUUUUAUUUAAAGUUCUGUUUAGUUGUAACUAAUGGGCCACACCAGACGGCGUCUUUUCCGGGUUUAGUUCUUUUUCACCAUUUCCUCGUCGACAAGAACGGAGGUUUGCAGUCCAUGAUGUUUUUGCCCCUUUAGGAAGCCGUUUCGUUGUGACAAUCAUCAGCACUACUAUUUAUCAUGACGCAGACUCUCAAACACAAAGCUGACAACCUUUAAACGUGACCCGUGGGGGGGGGGGGGGUGACUCCUCCUCUCCGCUGCGGCGCCACGGUCACCCAUAGAUGGCACUGCAGCAACAUUGAGACAGCUCAGAUCCUCUUCUGCAUGUACUGAUGACAGUGAAGGACGGUGUGGAUAGAUGUCUUGGCUCCUCUGGGAAAGAUGGAAGAAGCCUUGGAAUGAAUUUCUCUUCUAAUGCAACAGCGACAUCUCAACCUUUCAGUAUGUUUAUUCAUGUUGGGGGGGGGGGGUUCAAUGGUGAAGUCUUAAGAAGUAUUAUCACUUAGUGGAAUGAGACGGCCACUAGAAAGUUGGUCGUUGGUGAACCACUGCUGUUGGGUUUUCUGUCAGACUCCAUGUUUUUAUUUCAAAUGUCCUGGUGGUUCACCCUGCCCUCCAACCAGGAUGUCUUAGGACAAAAAGCAGGCCCACAGCACCAUGGGCCCUCCGCCGUACUGAGCAGUGGGCGUGGCGUCUCUCCCCCCGUUCCUCUUGAUUCGGUCCAAAGCUUGUUGCUGAAAGGCUCCACUGAAGACGGGUUGGAAGUCUCAGCCAGGCUCACACACUACAUUUCCAUAUUCGAUCAUGGGCUUUUUGCAGGCAUCACCUGUCUAAUGAUUGCCAUGGAAACCCAAGGUGCCAAGUUUAAAAGAUUGUAAAGUAGCUUUUGUUUAAAGGUAUCAUUAGAGGUGGCAACACUUGUCACUGGGGAUUUAAUUCUUUAACAGGAGACACCCCCCAUACACACUAAAUGAAUGUACUCACAUUAAAGGCUGUUCUAUUUACUAAUUAUUUCAGUGUGAUGUUGUGCUGCUGCAAAAUGAGGAUGGAAUUAUUUUAAGGCUUUGUACACAUCUUAACCAGGGGGUGCUAAUAAAUGUCCCCACCUGUGUAAAUGCACUGCUGGCAUUAAUCUGCUGCGGUUCUUAAGGUGGCCCGUUAUCUCUCUGACCUUAAACUUGUGCCCGUCAUGCUCUGUCCCGCCUUCAUUUAUUUCCGUGUUACUUGAAGGUUUUCUUUUUCUGCUCUAGUGAUAUUGUCGUGACUCAGUAGAAGAAAUCAGUCUGAGGAAAGAAACCUUUGUUUUUUUUUGCCAGCUUUGACCCACAGUCCAUUUUUUUUUCUGCGUGUGGUUCUGAUCAAAUCCAGCUUCUCUCUCUCUCUCACACACACUGCACACAGCAGGUGCUCUGCCACAUCGCUCAUCUUCUAAAUUGUGUUGCCAAUGAAACCACCAAGAAGUAUUUUUUUAGUGGCCCUGCAUGAAGUCGUUCAUUUCCUUUCAGAGGAAGGAAUGGGGUGGCAGAGUGCCAGUGGAAACCGUCUAAUAUCGAAAUGUGCCAUUUUAUUAUAACACUAUAUUCUUUCAAGACAAUUGAAAUUACCUUUUUAUUUUCAGUAGCAUGUAAUGUGUUAAUAUACUAGUAAAUAAAGUCAAAACCUAUGAAAAAUGA